AUGAAAGCGGAUUCGAGACUUAAAAACGACUUCUCAGACUUAAUUGAUUGGAUCAAUUCCUUUGACGUCCCUUCUUGCCUGCUAGCUUCUUCUAUUGAAGAUUUAAAAUCUGGAAUCGUCCUCUGUGACGCUCUGGCCUAUCUAAAAUCCCGUCCCUUAUUCCUAGAUGUAUAUAUAUGAACAAUGGUGAGGGCAGACCAGCCGACCCCUCCUGACCCUAUUUCUUCAACACCAGCAGGUAGCAGCCCAGUGUAAGGGAAAGGGCAGAAAGAGGCCGGUAAUUCUUUAUGUAUAUCUGGUUAGGUUUUUCACAGGCUCCGAGGUAGCUAAUGCCUGGGACUUGAGUUUUUGCCUUUGAGAUUAUCAUUGGAAAAGGAGAAAACUAGCAGAAGCCCUGAGCCCAUGAUAAUUCUUCGAGCAUGGCUCAAGAGGUGAUAUUUGUCCUUAAGAAAUUGAGAGUUUCACCCCUGGUAGUGGGUCCAAAGGCUCUAGGAGUCAUGGAAGUAAGAUCGGCUAUGCGAACUCCUUGCCUGCAGUGGCAAGGAAGGGUGUCUUCCAGGAUCCCUCGGCUCGAUGAGCAUGCUGAGGUGGAAACUCCGCCUCAGUCGAAGAAGAAGAGCUUAUUUUCAUUUUAACAUUCCCAGAUGUAAAGCGACAUUCAAAUUUUCAAAAAUCCCCGAAAUCUUCUGCAAUACACAAUUUUCAAGUAUUUUUAAGAGAAGUUGGAAGCUCACUUCCUUCUCCCCUCAAUUCUUACACACCUCAAGACUUAUUUUCAGUGAUUUCUAUGUAGGACUUUAAUAAACUUUACAAUAUUCUCAAAUGGCUUUCCGCAAUUUUUGGUCAUGAAACAGUCAAUGAAGAGCUGACAGAAAGAGAAAUCAAACGGCCAAACACGUCAACAGAUAGCAAAUCGCUUACAAAGAAUUAUUCAAAGGUAAUUCAGAGCUCUCCUCCAAAAUCCUAUGAAAGAGCAGUGUCAACUCCAAAAGCAAGAGAAAAUUCUUCAUAUUCACAACAAAGGCUAUUUAAAACUCCGAGAUCUCAUACACCGAUUUCGCAGGCAAAAAACAGGUUGGCAAGUCCGAAAAGUAUUGUGAAAAAACAAGCUGCACCAAAAACAUUUUUGCCUUUAAAUAAGCUGCAAGAUAUAGAGCAGCCUUAUGAUCCUCCACAAAGGACUAGAAGGGAAAUCAGAAUUAUUUCUGACUCACUCCCCUUCUCCAGUAAUAAACAAAUUCUUGCUUAUACAAGGGGGUUCCACACAAUUUUCAAAUAUAAAAUUUAUAUAAAUAGAAUUUGCUUAUAUUUGGGGUUUUCAUAUAAAAAGUGUAAAUCCAAUACGAUCUAUUAAUAUAAAAAUUUACAAUUUAAAUUUUGUCUAAAAAUACCUUAAAAAAUAAGCAAGAAUUUGCUUAUUACGAGGGAGUCAGUGAAAUCUCAAGUUCAUGACUGGCUUGCAGGACUGAAUAUUGUAAAAAAUGAUAUAAUUGAAGAAGCCAGCUCUGGGACAUUAUUUUGUGAUUUAAUUAAUAGAUUAGAAGGACGGCAAGAAGUAAUCAAAGGAAUUCACCGAACAAAGAAUAAGUCUUCCAUACAAGCAAACAUAAAUAAAGCAUUAAGCUACCUUAGGCAGCUUGAAAAAUUUUCUAGCGAGCAUCUUUGAAACGGACACAACAUUAUGGAUGGGGACGAAAACGAAAUUUGGGGACUGCUAAAAGAUAUUUAUGACUAUUAUUCCAUCUCAAAAUCACAAAACAGCCAAAAUAACUCAUUUUACUCAGCUAGAAAUAAUAAGUCGCCCAAAGGAUUGUAUAGGUUUGAUAUGGGAAAAUCAACGUCAAGGAUUUUAUCACCAAGGCCUGUCAUUACUGAAAGUGAGCAGAUUGAGCCAAAUUUUCUAGAAAAUAAUAGACAUAAAGAAAUUUCUCAAGAAACUAUUAGAAAGAUAAAAUUUUGACUAAGAAACCUAGGACUUGGGCAUUUAUUGGAGCUCGAAGGAAAGCAUUUUUUGCAAGACCCAUUUAGAAAUGGAUAUAUAAUCUCAGAAGUUGUAAAAACCAUUGACGGAGAAAAAUCAUCAAAAGCCUUUCCUUCCUGCAAAAACGUACAAAAUACCAAAGAAAAUAUUCGAUUAUCUUUAGAUUCUUUAAAGACAAAUCAUAGGUCAAUUUUUAGCAGUUACCAAUACGACAUAGAUGAAAUUCUUAAUGGAGAGAAAAAAACAAUAUGAUGCUUACUAGAAGAACUUAUGAUAGAAAAUUCCCCACACAGAGUACUAUCCAAUGAAAGAAUUUCUGACCCAAAGCUUCUUUUACAAUUAGAAAAAUCAAUGUUUGCUUUUCAAAAAGCAGCUCCAAGGCUACCAUUUUCAAAAGAAGACGAGCUAAGAUCGCCCAAACAAAUUUCUUUUUUAGAAGAUUCCAGGAAUUUUUCAUUAAAUAGGUCAGCAAAAAAUGAAGAUAUUUUUCCUGAUAGAAAAGAAAGCCGACAAAAUUUCAGUUACCGAAGUAGCUUUAACUUUAAUUGGUUGCAGAUUUUUGGAAUAAAUAUUGAUAUGGAAAAUGACGUGAUACCUGAAUUCAGCUCAGGAGUUUUACUGUGUGAAAUUCUACAAAAAUUAGAACGAAGGAAGAUUCCUGGAGUUGACGCGAGGCCUAAAUCGACUCCUGUGUGUUUACAUAACGUUGCAAAAGCUUUGGAUGUAUUAAAAGCUAAACCAAAGUUUCCAAGUAAAUUGUUUUUUAUAGAAAAUGAUAUAGUUAACGGUAAAGGGGAGACUAUCAGAGAAUUAUUGUUAAGUAUUUUCAAAAUUUAUAAGGUCACGAUAAAUUCGCUAUCGAAAUUCAGAAGUAAAUCUCAUGAAAGGGUAAGCAAUAGUUUUUUAUAA